GAUUGUUAGAGUAAAUGAUUUUGAAGUUUAUUGUAUAUUAAUUUUUGAUCACUGGUAGACUUGGUAUCCUAGAGGUUUAUUUAUUUACAUACAUCGAAAUAAAUUGCUUCAGGUAUCGAAAACAAACCUAUAAUGGGUUCAGAACAGUCAUCUAUACCUCAAAAGAAGCAACUUCAAAGGGCUCCACCUGUACGACGAGGGCAUACAAUUGCAGUUACAAAUCACGUAGCUGAAGGCAGACGUAGCAUUGAUCCUACGGCCAGCGGUAACAAUUCACCUGGUGCUAGCAUAUGUUCAGAUUCGGAGCUGCCAUACAUAUCUUACACUGUUGAUAGACCUAUUGGAGACUCACCAAAAGCAUCGGCCAAGACUCAACGAAGUGAUAAGAAGCCCCUCCAGCGAAGGCAACUCAGUUUACAAGCUAAGAAGAAUAAGCGCGCACGCGACAUAGUAGUUGUGGCGCAUGCAUCAGGUCAUGCGCUGGAUGAAGAUGCGAGGCGACUACAGGAAAUACCAACUUUCCUACCCAUAAUGAGAGGUACGUUAGGACUGCCGGUAGCAAGAGACCCGGACGUAUUAGAAGGUUUAGACUACAGACCGUGGGUUAGAUUAACGACUCGUCUGCAAGCUCAUCUAUCUGCGUGUGCGCAACCUUUAGCUGCCGAGGAGAUUAGUUUAGCUACUAAAAUUAAAGAGUCGGAUGUAGAAAUAUCGAAAUUGUAUUCCCAAAUGGUGGAUAAACAGCGAGCUAAUGCGAGACACGCCGAGCGACUGUCUAGGGUGCACGAAGUGGCCCAUCAGCUGUCUAGAUGUAAUUCUCUACUGAACCAGACUUUACAAGAUAUAGAAGAAUUAAAUCAACUAUUGCCAGAACAGAAGAGAUUGGAAACGUUCAUCUGGAGUGAUGAGCGCUGAAGUAUUAUAUAAAAUAAAUGUAUUUAAAGAAUUAUGUUUUAAAGAAAUCGUAAAAACUUUAGUUUGUGUAUAUAGCGGUAGUCGAUUUGAAUUCCAUUAGAUUUUAAAGGUAUAUAGUAAUUUGGAAAGAAAUGCACGCAGCCUUACAAAUUAAAAUAACCAAUUUUAUUUUGAAAAAAAAAUUUUUUUUUACCAUGAGAUAGAAAUAUUAAUAUUAUAUACUAAUAUAGUUUAAAAAUGUCUAAAAUUAGGAAAAAACCUACUUAUCAAAGUUACCGAGAUUAUAUAUAAAAUAAAAACUAAGAAUUAUUUUUUUCUAAUAUGUUCUAAUUCAACAUACUAAUUGAUUAUUUGAAUUUAAUUUUGCUAAAAGAUGUCGACGGAAAAAUAGUUAAUUUACCAUAAUUUAAUAGAUGAGAUUUAUGGCACAGUGAUAUAUGACUGA